GGCCAGCCAAAUCUGACCACGCUCACAUCCUGCGCGCUCGUAUGCCAUGACUGGUACUACCUGACGUGGUACCAUCUUCGUCAACGCAUCUAUCUACGAGAUAGGAAGGACGUCCUCUCGCUUUCGAAGACACUCCGCGCAAAACCUCGCCUCCGUGAGGUCAUUCAACA